CGCAGAUAUUGUGCAUGUCGUACAUUACGGUAAAUUUAUAGAUCCGUCGGAGUGUGGUUGUUUGCAAAUCCAAAGAGCACUGCAAUGUAAAUUUAUCAGCAGAUUAAUCGGACCGCUUACCACAAAUCCCGCACCAGAGAGGGAAAAACACAGAGUCUUCUUUCUACUAAAGUGCUCCUCCACAAUAAGGCGUGCUGUACCGUCAGACGCUCGUCAUCCUCUUCCUCAUUGAUUGUUGACACCAAACUCCUCUCUCCCUCUGCUGAGGGAGCACCUGCUGUUUGUACUUCUGCUGUCUGGCACAUCAAAGCAGUCCUGUCUUUUCUAGAUAGUUGGAAUGGCUGCUAAACCUCAUCCACCUCUGAUGAAGAAACACAGUCAGACUGAUCUUAUAAGUCGCCUCAAGACACGCAAGAUCCUGGGCGUUGGUGGAGAGGACGAUGAUGGAGAGGUGCACAGAUCAAAGAUCAGUCAGAUGCUGGGGAAUGAGAUCAAGUUUGCAGUUCGGGAGCCUGUUGGACUGAGGUUAUGGAUUUUGUUUUCUGCUGUGGUUUUCACAGUCAUGGCACUUAUGGCAUUAAUCUUUCCUAACCAGCUGUAUGAAGUUGUAUUCGAUCAAGAGCAAACAGACACCAGUGUUUCUAUACGUCUGUAUGGAGGGGCCAUUCUCAGUCUGUCUCUGAUCAUGUGGAACGGCUUGUAUACUGUUGAGAAGGUUAUCAUUCAGUGGACAUUACUCAGCGAGGCCUGCUACUUUGCCAUCCAGUUUUUAGUCACCACCAUCACUCUGGUGGAACUCGGCUCCCUGCCAAAUGCUGCUAUCCUCCUCCUCCUCAGUCGCAUAUUCUUCCUCAUUAUCACGCUGUCCUAUUAUUACCAUCUGGGACGCCGGCAGAAGAAAAUCUGAGAGUGUCGCACACACCAGUACGAGACUCCUGGUGCUUAGGGAAAUGAAGUGAUGGACGGCCGGGCUGGAGUUUUCAUCAGAAGCUUUGAACAGUGACACAGUUAACACCACAUCAACCUUUGUUGACCUGGCGUUGAGCCUUACGACAAGGACAAUGCCAAAACCCCAUUUUUUAUUUUUAUGCUCAAUUGAAUUUCAUUUUUCGUUCUGCAUUGUGCAGUCACAGUGUACUGUAGGUCUCUUCAUUCAGCGUUUGUUGUUUAAAGUAUUGCACACUGUAGCCGAGCUUGGAACGUUGGUGUAAUUGUCUGUAGUUAUGGUAUCAAUAAAACAUUAUUUUUUAAAAACGCCAAUGACGUCUAGCUCCUAGACAUGUGACGUGUGUGGCUAGUAAACACUAGAAUGUGUUUGAAAAACAAAAUCAUUCAGUAUUUAAGUAGUUAAUACAUUGCCUCCUGCCUUUACUACAGUAUCAAAACAGAGUUGUGGGCAAAUCUGUAUUAUUGUAGAUUGCUUUAACACUGAAACGAAAAACAAUACCUGCUGUAUAGCUACAGUCUCGCUGCUUUUGAGUUAAUACAAGUUCCCGUAUAGCAGUGGUUACAUCUCAAAUAUGUGUACUUUAUUGAUGACAGACACAAAGGGUUAGUUUGUACAGUUAGUUAGUUUUUAUAUAGAUGCCCUCCAGGUUCACUAUUUUAGAAACUUAUCAAACAGUUAACAUUUUAGGUAAAUACUUCAUUAAGUUUAUAACUCCACAACUCCUUUCUCUUUGAGUAAUGCCACAAAACAUGGUUGUGUAGCACAAAAGCAUAUGGUCAUACUAAUUUUAACAAGCAAUGUAGCAGUAUUUCCCCUCACAGUUUCCUAAUAUUGCCUUAAUAUUGUAAACUUCACACAUUUUCCACGUCAGCACACUGCCAGUUGUUUGUACUUUGUCUGGAUAAAUCAAGAGAACUGUUUUUCCAGUUGCUUAUUUAUUGGCCAGUCCAAAGUCUUGGCAUAAGUAAAAUUCGUUUUGUUUUUUUAACUUAGGUUUGUGGUAUGACUUGCACAUUUAUUGUCCGAGGUGUGUAGUCAGGAAAAGAUUUGUGCAGCAGAAUAAUGAAAUUAUCUCGUCUACCUGUUACUAGAGUUGUGUACGGUCUGAUGAUGGGCACAAAUGAAAGUGUACAGUGUAUAUGUCUGCUGUUUUGUGUUUAUGGUAUGCUUUUUAAAAGUUUCCAUUAGCACAAUAGUUGAUAACCUUCCA